CUUUGCUUUUCAAGCCAUGACACGUUACUUGUUCACUCUGUUGUCAAGGCAGAAAGCCAUGUCUUCCUCUCUUCCAAUAUUCUCAAACCAUGUUCAUGUCUUCUUACACUGUAACUAGGGUUUCCAAGUCUCUGGUUACACCUUCAGAGCCAACACCAAAUGAAACCCUAAACCUAUCAAUCAUUGACCGUGUUCCAGGUCUCAGGCACUGUGUUAGGUCCAUUCAUGCAUUCAAACAUGGACAAGAACCGGCCAAAGUCAUCAAGGAAGCUCUAUCAAAAACUCUAGUUCAUUACUACCCUUUUGCAGGGAGGUUCAUUGACCCUGUGUCACCGGCCUCCGGCGAGGUCACGGUGGCUUGCUCCGGCGAAGGUGCUUACUUCAUUAAGGCUAAGGCUGAUUGUACUUUGGAAGAUGUUAAGCAUCUUGACCUUCCUUUGAUGAUCCCUGCACAUGACCUCCUUCCUGAACCUCAUCCUGAGAUUUCACCUCUUAACAUGCCACUUAUGAUGCAGGUGACGGAGUUCAAAUGCGGAGGUUUCACAGUGGGAAUCAUCUCCGUCCACACCUUGGCAGACGGCCUCGGCGCCGCCCAGUUCAUCACCGCCCUGAGCGAGCUUGCUCGAGGCCUCCCCAACCCAACCAUCAAACCCAACAACAACCGUUCAAUCAUUCCAAACCCUCCAAAACCCCCACCCGGUCCUCCUCCUUCCUUCAAGAACCUCAACCUCAACUACUCCACCUUUGAUGUCACCCCAGACUCCAUUUCCAAGAUCAAAACUCACUACUUAAACAAAACUGGCAACUACUGUUCCACCUUUGAUGUUUCCAUUGCUAAAGUUUGGCAAGCUCGCACACGUGCCAUUAAGCUUGAAGACACUGAACUUGUUCACCUUUGUUUCUUUGCAAACACACGUCCAUACUUGAACCAACAUGAGCAAGCACCUCCAGGUUUCUAUGCCAACUGUUUUUAUCCAGUUACUGUGAGUUCUACAAGUGGUGAAGUUGCUAAACUGGAUUUGGUUGACUUAGUUCAUCUUAUUAAAGAGGCUAAACUAAGACUUCCUAAUGAGUUUGCUAAAUGGGCAAGUGGGGGGUUUAAACAUGAUCCUUAUGAGUUGACGUUUGAUUACAAUUGGUUGUUUGUUUCGGAUUGGACUAAGUUGGGGUUUCAGGAAGUGGAUUAUGGGUGGGGAACUCCAGUUCAUGUUGUUCCUUUUGCUUAUAAUGAUAUCAUGGCUGUGGCUAUUCUUGGCUCACCGGUUGUGCCUAAGAAAGGUUCACGGAUGAUGACUCAGUGCGUUAAUGAUGAUCACUUGGCUGAUUUUGAGGCGCAGAUGGCCAACUUCUGAAUAUAUAUAUAUUAAUCUAUGUUAAUGAUUUUCAGAGUACUACUGCAUGUGCUGUGUGUUUCAUUACAUAAGCAUUGUUAUUAAAGUCAUGUUGUUGUUGUUGUUGUUAUUGUUGUUGUUGUUGUUUUCUAUUAAUAAUGAAGAUAAGUUGAGAAUGAGAGAAUUACAUGCAUGCUUUAACAUCU